AUGCAUCCUUUUGUUUUAAUAUCUUUCUCACUUCUCUUGUUGCUAUGCCUCGAGACUACAACAAGCAACCAACUGGUAAGAGACGAUGAUGUUGUUAUGAUUGUGAUGAACAAAUGUUUGGAUAAGGAGAGACAUGCUCUCCUUCAUUUCAAAUCCCGCCUUCAAGUCCCCUUUGAUACUCUCUCUACAUGGACAGCUGCAGAUGAUGAAUGCUGUACAUGGGAAGGAGUCACGUGCAACAAUCAAACAGGUCGUGUCACACAACUUGAUAUCAGCCGCUAUAAUAUUGGAGGUGAGAUUAGCCAUUCCUUGCUUAACUUAAGCUAUUUGAAUUAUCUUGAUCUCUCCUACAACCCUUUUAAUUGCUCCAUUCCCAUUUUCAUUGGUUUCAUGACCGAAUUAAGGUACCUUGACCUUUCCUACAACUCCUUUUUUGGAACCAUUCCUCCAGAGUUUGGGAACCUCACCAACUUGCAAUGGCUUUACCUUGGAGAUGUUGGAAGCUGUAGAGUUGAAAACAUAGAGUGGUUGUCUCAUCUCUCUCAUUUGGAGGCACUUGUUUUGGAUGGGAUUUCCCUAGCCAAACAAAAUUAUUGGACGGAUGUUAUUUUCAGUCUCCAGAAACUAUCAGAUUUAAGUUUACGGGGUUGUGAGUUGUCACAGGUCAUGUAUCCAUAUUCUUCAUUUUUCAACUCUUCUACAUCUAUCCAUAUCCUUCUUCUCGGAAACAACAGUCUCAACUCCUCCAUGUAUCAUUGGCUGUUCCCAUUAAUCAGUAAUAAGCUUCGUUUUCUUGAUCUGUCUAGCAACAUGUUAGAUGGGAUACCCAAAUAUCUUGGUAACCUCUGUAGUUUGGAAUAUUUGAGCUUUGAUAACAACUCUGUUGUUGUCAAAUUUCCUGAUUUUCUUAACAACUUGUCUGGAUGCACAUCGCUUACAUUACAACAGUUGGAUGCUUCAGGAAGCCAAUUUAUUGGAUCACUGUCUGAUGAGAUCCACAAGUUUUCAUCCCUAACAGAUCUAGACCUAUCUAAGAAUCAAUUAAGUGGAACUAUAAGUGAGAAAUUGUGGGAACUACCCAGGCUUGAAGUUCUUGACGUUUCUUUCAAUUCGCUUAGAGGUUCCAUCUCUGAAAACAUCGGAAAGUCUAAGCUUUUAUCUAUAGAUCUUUCCAGAAACUCACUCCAAGGAGUCCCUUCCUUGGAUCAUGAUCACAUAUCAAACCUUUCCUAUCUAGAGAAUAUUGACCUAAGUUAUUGCAAGCUAGGGCCUCGCUUCCCAAAAUGGAUUCAAACACUGAAAAAUCUUACCUAUCUUGAUAUUUCCAAUACUAAAAUUUCAGACACAAUCCCAGUGGAAUUUUGA